AGUCAAUUUUCGCAAUAUGAGUGCAAAUCGUGUCACAAAAUCACGUCAAUUGCAUCAGCUGCUGAUACCCUUGACAAAACCUUCACCACUUCCCUUCUAAACCAAACUGUCUUCAAACACCUUGACUCAAAAGCCAGUAUUGAACCAGUGCUCAAAAUGGUGCUAUCAAUGGACCGCUGGCGCGGCAAAAUCGCCGUCGUCACCGGCGCCAGUGCUGGAUGUGGUGCCGCCAUCGCCGAAGCCCUCGUCCGCGAAGGCCUCCAGGUGGUGGGUCUCGCCCGUCGCAAAGCCCGCGUCCAAACCCUCGCCGAAAAACUCGCACCACAUCCCGGCAAACUCUACGCCGUAAAGUGCGACAUGACGGUAGAAUCUGACAUUUUGGAGGCCUUCAAGUGGAUCAAAACCACGCUAGGGCCCGUCUCCAUCCUUGUAAACAACGCCGGGCUCUCACAACCCAAUACUCUAAUCGGGGGAAACACCCAAAUGUGGAAAACUGUGCUUGACACCAACGUCCUCGGCCUGUCCAUAGCCACGCGCGAGGCGCUCGACCAAAUGAUGCAGAAUUCAAUCGCCGGACACAUCAUACACAUUAACAGUAUUUUGGGGCAUUAUGUGGCACAUGUGCCCAAAUUGAACGUGUAUUCGGCCUCGAAGUUCGCCGUUACGGCCCUGACCGAGACCUUGCGCCAGGAGUUGGUGGCUUUGGAUAGCAAAAUUCGGGUUACGAGUGUUAGUCCAGGACCGGUCGAUACGGAAUUUGGGGUCGCUUUGCACGAUAGUGAAGACUGGAAAAAGUUGUACAACUCGAUGCCGAAACUACAAAGUGAGGAUGUGGCAGAUGCGGUGGUUUAUGUACUGUCGACCCCACCACAUGUACAGGUGCAGGAGAUGAUGAUACGCCCAUUGGGAGAGCCGGUCUGAUUGGCGGGAAGUUUAAAAAUCACAUUCUUUCUUUUACAUCUUUGUUCGAUUUUUUCACAUUAAAAAUAAAUGCGGAAAUAAUGUUCACUGGAAAUAAUUUAUUUUUAAAUAAAUGUUUUGUCGGAACUAC